AGUGUACAGCUGUGAGCGUGGGUGGAAGAAGAAGCAGUAGAUUUGCUGUCAUCAAAGUCAAAACAGAAAAGUGACUAUUAACGCGUGUGAAAGGAACGAAGGUUCCUUCAUACAACAACUCUCUCCACUUCGGCUUUGACUUCUCGUUACCUGGAUCAAGGGGACGAUGGAUCUGAUCAGCUGCGUUGGAGAAUGAAUCAGUAUGAUUUGGUGGUCUCUAGGAACUUAGCAUCCCAUGAUCUGAUUCAAGCUCUGAACUCUGGAACUGGCCUGUUUUAUUUUCUCAAGAGUUUAAUAUUCAGAAAGUUGUACUACUGAGGAGAUUUUGGGCUCUACUGGAGGCAUUAAAUAUCUGCUUUAUAUAAUGAGAUGAGAAAAGCAUUACAGCAUUCUGCUUUCAUCACAAUGAGAAAGUUAUCACGGCGGUGCUCUAGGCACAAAAUUGAUUGGAGAAGAUUAAUAUUUAUUGGGGCCACUUUGGCAAUAUCUUUUAUUUUGUUUCUGAUGCUUGUAAACAGUCGUCAAUUGGACAAAGAUUACCUUUCUCCUCUUGAAUCAGUUUCAUUGAACCAAUCCUUUAGCAACACCACACUGUCAAAUGAAUUUCUAGAAGAGGCCAGACAUCAACAGGUUCACCUUAGCCAACCUGCUUCAGUUGUUUCACCUGAUGUGUCUAACAGGUUGGUACAAUCCGUUCCAGUUCAACUAGAGAGAGUGGAACCUCAUCAGAGCAAUAUUUCUGUAUCUGGGGAACAGGAGGACAAAGCGUUUGCCCGUAAAACAGCAAUUAUUACACUUUCCCCUCCUCAUGGAUUUGUCUCUUCCAGAUCGCAGAGGUACAUACGGUCUAUGUUACCUAAUGAGGCCCUUGUAUAUGCAAGGAAAGAGAUUGAGUACGCACAUCAAGUUGUUGAAGAUUCAGAUCUCUACAGUCCUCUAUUCAGGAACGUUUCUGUCUUCAGAAGGAGUUAUGAAUUGAUGGAAACGAUACUUAAAGUUUAUAUAUAUCCUGAUGGAUCAAGACCCAUUUUCCAUAAACCUUUCCUCAAAGGAAUCUAUGCUUCUGAAGGAUGGUUUAUGAAGUCAAUGAGAGAAAACAAGCAAUUCGUUACUAAGAACCCCAAAAAAGCUCACUUAUUUUAUUUGCCAUAUAGUGCCCGUCAACUGGAGAUGGCUCUCUAUGUGCCUGGAUCUCAUUCUUUGAAACCAUUGUCCAUCUUUCUAAGGAACUAUGUGAACAAGAUUGCUGCAAAGUAUCCAUUCUGGAAUCGCUCACAUGGAUCAGACCAUUUCCUUGUUGCUUGCCAUGAUUGGGGUCCUUAUACAGUGACUGAGCAUGAUGAACUGGCCAGAAACACCAUUAAAGCUCUGUGUAAUGCUGAUACGUCUGAAAAAAUCUUCAUUUCAGGAAGAGAUGUUUCCCUCCCAGAAACUACCAUAAGGGCACCCAGAAGACCUCUUAGACAUGUUGGUGGUAACAAAGUAUCACAACGUCCAAUUCUCGCCUUCUUUGCUGGAAGCAUGCAUGGUCGAGUACGUCCGAAACUUCUAAAGCAUUGGGGUGGUGAAAAGGAUGGAGACAUGAAAAUUUUUCAGCGUUUACCUCAGUUAGUUUCCAAAAGGAUGACUUACAUUCAGCACAUGAAAUCAAGUAAAUAUUGUCUAUGUCCAAUGGGCUAUGAAGUGAAUAGCCCAAGGAUAGUUGAGGCCAUAUAUUACGAGUGUGUUCCUGUGAUAAUUGCAGAUAAUUUCGUCCUCCCUUUCAGUGAAGUAUUGGAUUGGAAUGCAUUCUCUGUGGUGGUGGCCGAGAAGGAUAUUCCGAGGUUAAAGGAAAUUUUAUUGUCCAUUCCCAUGUCAAAAUAUCUUACCAUGCAAACUAAUGUGAAGAUGGUGCAGAAGCAUUUCCUUUGGAACCCAAAACCACUAAGAUAUGAUCUGUUCCACAUGAUUUUGCAUUCAAUAUGGUUCAACAGGCUAAAUAACAUUCAACUUCCACGGAUAUAAUCAUUCUUUGAGCAUUUAUCGGGCGGAUGACUUUUGGAAGUGUUCUGUCUUUCUUGGCCUAUGUGUUUUAAAGCUAUUCACAUGCUAUAUGCAGAAUUUUGACAGCCUUUUACUGCUUCAUUGUUUCAUUGCUUGGAACUAUAUGGGAAAAAGCAUUUACCCAUUGGUUUCAAGACAAUUUUUCUUACCCUUGAGAGAGGCAUAUUCAUGCUUGUACUGUUAUCUUUUGACGUUCACGUGCUGAUAAGGAGACAAAUCCUUCCCAUCAUAAACAAGCAGGGAACCCUAGCUGUCUGAAAUAAUGGAAUGAGAAUUAAUGUGCUUUGCUGGA